AUGGAUAUCAACUUCCAACCAAGCCGUGGCAAUGCAUUCCAAAUUGAAAUUGGCUACUUUGACACAGUGCUAGAGAUGAAAGAAAAAAUCCAAAAGGUGAAGGGAAUCCCUAUAUCCAAACAAACCCUAGUUUUCAAUGGAAAUGUUCUACAGGAUGAACUCAAUGUCCACUACUCGGAUAUCCUCGAUCAGUCCCACAUUCAGGUGCUUGUUGCCGGAGAACUUUCCCGAUCAACGAUCCAACUCCUCAUCAAAAUGCCCGCGUCAAAACACGGCAUGGCGCUUGAAAUGGACGUUAAAGAAACAAUCCGAAGGCUAAAGGAGAAAAUCCAGGAUAUGGAAGGGAUCCCUGUUACAAAAUUGGUUAUCCAUGCAAAUGGGAUUGAAUUGCAUGAUUCAAAAUCGUUACAAGACUGCGAGCUUUCUGAUAAUUCAGAAAUCGACGUCAGUUUCCGAUCAUCUUCUACAACAACAACUUCAUCAGGAUCAUCAGGGAAUAUGGGUAAUGGAUCAAGAAAAUUGAAGAUUGUCGUUGUGACAAAAUGUGGGACUAAAAGAAUUCCAAUUGAAAUGAAUUCUUGGGAUAAUGUUGGGGAAAUGAAGAAGAAGCUACACAAGUUGAACGAACAGCUGCAGUUGGAUCUUCCUCAAGAGGGCUAUUUCUUCAUUUACAAACAAAAUGUGAUGGAUGAUGAUCGUUCAUUUAGGUGGCACCAAGUUGGCCAAGGUGAUACCAUUGAGAUCUUCAAUGGGAGUAUUUCUGGUGGACCUUGA